CCCCGUCCCCCAUCGCUCUGAGCUGUGCCGGCGCCGGCGGGAGGCCGUUCCCGCCCGACGCAGGAAGCGGAGGGCGGGGACGGAGGAAGCGGCCCGGCAAACGCGUUGGCACACCGCUUCGCCCUCCCUCCUCCAGACCCGUCCUGCCCGCGGCCCGGUCGCACGCUCGGUCCCCGUGCGAGGACGGGAAACACGCGCGGUGUGUGUGGUACCGGGGUUGCCCAGGCAACCGGAAAUAUGGGAACAGGGCGGUAAACAGAGGAGAGAGAGAGAAAGAGAAACGCUCUGAGAGGAGAGAAAAAAGAGGGAAACGCCCGGCUUCUUCGCUGGCUGUGUCCAAAAUAGUUCUCGUUUCCGUUUCCACCAGCCGGGGCCGCUCCCUUCCCCCAGGGCAUCUGGAGAAGCCUCCGUGCGCCGCCGCGCUGCCCCUCCCCGGCGCUGCUGCCUCCGCGCCGCGCUCGCCCGCGCGCGGCCAGUGCAGGCGCGGGCUCAGAUUCACUUCAGCUGUUCGGGAAACAGAGAGAAAACGAGUCCCGGACAACCGGGCCGCGAGCCAUCUGCCCGCAGCAGGGCGCUUCAAAAAGCGGGGGAGGCCUCCCGCGCCUGCACGGCCUGCCAGGACACGGGGCGGGGGGCCCUGCUCGUGCCGGUGCUGCCCAGGGGUGCUCCACUUCCCAGCACGUGUGCAAGGCAGGCCUCCAAAAUCCUUGCCGCCCCCUCCGGGGUGCGAGCAGAGCCCCGACGCGCUCCGCGUGGUGACGUUUAAGGUCACAGGUGGCCGGAGGUGGGCUGGGACGCGACGAGCGCAGGGGAUGGGGUGCGCCAGCUCUUGAGCGGGACCAGCCAUGAGGCGACGACUUCAAAGCGCUGCAAAAGGAGGGAAGGGGAAUCUGAAAUCCUCGUCGAAUCGGGAAGGAAGAGGUGCCCUCAUGCCCUAAUCCUGGAUAGUUACUUGGAUAUCCGGAAAGAUAAAAGGACAGCUGAAGAGCCAAUGUCAGAACAGUGUGUGAUACCUGAUUUCCCUGGAGAGGAGAGCUGCAUGCAGAGUUAUGAAGAGCCGUGUGCCUCUUGAGAUCUGCCAGUUAAGUAUUACUGUUCUAGGGCCCUGUUCUGGUAAGGGCUUCUCACCCUUCUUUUCCACUGAUGUACUUGAGAGCUGAUGGGGUCCCUUUUGGGCAGGAUACACUCUAAGUAUUGAUGUGAUACAGCCAGGAUAAAAAUGCAUCACUGCUAAAUGCCCUGGCUUUUGUAGAGAGGGCAAUCUUCUUAGAGGUGUUGUUCUAAAAUUGUUUUGCAUUUCAUUUCCGUGUUUUGUUUAUAUAAGCCAAGCACUUGGCUGAUUGCACAGGAAAUCCACAUGCUAUGGGCAUUUACUUCAAUGGGUGAUCUUUAAACGAGUCACCAGGGACCAGCUGCUGUAGAGUUCAAAGAGAGAGAGGCAUCUAAAACCUCUAGUGAAGCCGAGCUACGGUGAGAAAUGCCAGAUGCAGAGAGGAGAAAACUGAAAGGAGCAGUGGGGUGAAAGAUAGAUAGAGCUUUGUUUUCCUCUCCAGAUUAGUCAGAUUAAGCCAAGGUUAGAAUGAAGAUUUUAAAACAAAUUGGAUAGAAUUUUGCUGAGGGAAAUUUAUGUUGAUUGUCAGGAAAUGUGCUCUGGCGUUGAUGUUCUCUGAACUGUGCACAAUAAUCUGUGGAUGGAACACUGUUGCUUGAGAAAGUUAAUAUAGUUCUUGACAAAAUACUGGAAAAUAUAUUAGAAAGAUCAGCUCUAUACAGAGCAGAAGGUGGAACAAAUGACCUACUAAGUUUUUCCAUUCAUUCUUCUUUUUUUCUUCCUCAAUCAUUUCAAAAGUCUCUGAGGCUCAGAUAACUCAAAGAGAAGGCCUCUCUCAGGUGAAGGAAAGAGAGUAUUCAUAGUAAUACAAAAAAGAGGAAGACAGAGCAAAAAAAUGGGAAGGAAUAGAAAUCUAAACUUGGGUGUUGCUUCCUCCUGACACACGUGAGCAGCAGAGUCCUAAAGAGAAGAUUAGAGAAAGAUUGCCAUCUUCUGGAAGGAUAAAUAUCUGCCAUUAUUCAGAAUACUGAAUCUGAUAUAUAUUUAUUUUUGAAACUUUAACAUAUUUCUGAUAAAUUUAUUUUUAAACAUGUAUUCCUAUCUGUAGGUAUCUAAAUUAGGUCUCAUUUCAUCAAUAUACAUGCAUAUGAUCCUAGCUUUAGAAACCCACGUAGCAUUCUGGAUCUUAAUGAAACUCUCCACAUGCUUAAAAUUAGAAAAUGUUAAAGCACAGUCUUGCAUCAGGGACUGUCGAAAGUGAGAUGGACUUUAUCUAUUCUUGAGCCUGAAAACCAGGCUAUUUAUAUUGAGAAUUUAGAAGCCAAACUUAGGGUGCUCAGGUGUGGAAAUAUUGGCCAAUGAAAAUAUUUGCAACUUUUCCUUUUAAACAAUGUCAGCCAUAAAGUACAUCUCUGUCAAACAGAAUCUUUUAUUCAUCAAAAAACCUGCAGACAGUCAGUCUAUACAACAUGGACACAUUCAGCACUGCUUCCAGUCAGCCUGUCUUAGAAAUGAUUAUCUAUCUACAUUAGAGGAGCUUAUGUAGUGACUAGGAUUAAAAUAACUGCACAGCUAUCAACUGUUCUGUGUCAGGGCGAAAGGGGUCAGGAGUAUAUGAUAGCAUUGCCCAUGUACAGGCCUGGAAACCUGUCAGCUCUGUGGGCUUGUCACAGGUUAUGCUGUCACCAGCGCUAUUUCUAUACCUGACUCUCAAUCUCUGUGCUCUCCUAUUAGAACUAGGAGAUGAGGGUAUACAGACCACUGUUUCCUUCUGUCCUGGCAGAAUAGCAGGGUAUAAAUGCCGUGCUUCCUCCAAGCAGUGGUAGGAGCCUCACCUGCUUGGCACUGAACAAACCUAAGGGGUCCUCGGUGGGCAAGAUGGCACGUGUAUCUUUGGGCUGCUUCUCUCCCUUUGCAGUUUGAUUUAAUGGGCUCGGAAGAGCUGCUCCAUGCCCUCUUGUGUCUGUCUAAGUUCUUCUUCAUGAGAGAUGAUACCGUCCUUACUUUACCCUGUUCUGAUGCCAAACGAGGUGUAAUAUUGUGAGGCCUUUAAAUCUUUAGGACAAGAGAUCAGAGGGAACUUGGAGUGAGUGUGAAUCUUUCUGUCUCUCCUUACUAGCUUCCCAAAUUUAUCUGAUGUGAUCCUGCUGGAGCCGAGAUUCCUGGUGAACUUCAUGCCUUGAUGGAGCUGCUGAAGGGGUUGCCAUGGCGCCGUGCUUUCCUGGCAGUCAUCCUGAACCUGCUGGCUCUCAGCCUUUCCACCACUGCCUUACUUGGCAGCUACUGGUGUACCGGGACCCAGAAGGUGCCCAAGCCUCUGUGUGGGAAGAGUAAAGCCACCAAGUGCAUCGGUGUCCCCAUGCCGCCUGACGCAGGUGCUAGCAAUUCUUCAUCCCAGGACGUGGUGCACUACAGCUGGGAGACGGGGGAUGACCGCUUUGCCUUCAGAUACUUCCACACGGGCAUGUGGCUUUCCUGUGAAGAGAGCAUGGAAGGGCCAGAGGAGAAAUGCCGUAGCUUUAUUGAGCUUUCCCCACCAGCAGAGAGAGGAAUCCUGUGGCUGUCGCUGGGGUCAGAGAUGCUGUAUAUUAGCCUGCUGCUCAUCAGCUUCAUCCUUCUGGUUGUGGAAAUGCUACAUACUGACAAUCCUGUCUGUGGGUUGAAGCUCAAUGCCUUCGCUGCUGUCUCCUCAGUGCUGUCAGGUCUUCUUGGGAUGGUGGCACACAUGAUGUACACUCAAGUCUUCCAAGCAACAGUCAGUCUGGGACCAGAGGACUGGAGACCACACUCAUGGGACUACGGCUGGGCUUUCUACAUGGCCUGGGCCUCCUUCACCUGCUGCAUGGCCUCUGCUGUCACUACCCUCAACACCUACACCAAGACAGUGCUGGAGUUCAAACGGCUCCACCUCAAGGGCUACAAUGAGAGUUUCAAGGAUCAGCACCACCAGUGCUACAUACAGCAGCAGAUAAGCAGCUACUACCAGCAACGAGACAAGCCCAUCCAUUCAGUCUCUGAGGGAUUCGACUUCUACUCUGAGCUGCAGCAAAAAGUGCUACAGCGGGAACCAGAGCUGGAGCUGGACGAGGUCUUGGGACAGACAGAUGGGGAAGACCACUGUUAGGGAUGUGUGCAGGGGCAGAGCAGAGGUGUUCGGGAGGCACAAUGGCAGCUGAGCUCUGAACCAAACGCCAGCAAGUUCUUGAGCUCUUUCUUCCUCUAAUGCUUCUGUGGGAGAGAAGGUGGGCACUGGUCCAGGGCAACAGCAGUGCCAACACUGUGGGGGUGGGUCCACUCUGCUCAUGGUUUGAGGGUAUCCUCAGCUGUGAAGGAUGAAACUGGGGGGUGGGGAGCAUAGGAUUGGAUGGGACAUUUUGUUGGUGCCAGCUAUCUCCAAGCAUGGCAGACAGGAGCUGAGAGAGGUGUCUCAAUCCCAACAGUACUGCAAUGCAGGAAUAGGUAUAUUCAGUGCAAUCCAGCUUGCAAAUUGCAGUGCUGGGUCUCUUUGGAUGGCGUCACACUGACCUUCCAACAGUCCCCUUGGAUCUGCCCUUAAGUGUAGGGUGUGGGUGCCCAUAUCGAUUUGCUGUAGUCCUAUGAGCGUACCCUAUUUAUUCAUUUCCAGACCCAACAUUUUAUUCUCCCCACAGCUUAAAAGAGCUGCUGGAGUAGGGAUGAGAGGUUGCUUUCACACAUCUCUCUCCUCCUCUCUCCUAUCUGAAAUGACUCCCACAUGCUCCCUUCUUGCCUCCUCCCCCCCCCCCCCCCCCCCAUUUCAUAGGUACCUUCCUACCUGUCGUCUUCUACUGUGCUUCCCCACAACCUUUAAGAAUCUUUGGCUGAGUUUUUGCUUUAUUGUUUGCUUCUCUUCACCCCACCCCUUUUUCCCCCAUUGUAAAAUAUCCCAAACCCCAAAUCAAGCAAACCCAGAAUCUCUCAAUGGUGAAACAGAGGUUCAAAUGACACAAUGACACUGUACAUGGCAUUUAUUCGCUCCACUGCAGUUCACAGUUCAAAUAAGUUUUCUCAACAAUAUAUAGACAGACUCUUUAUUCACAGUGGGGAUGUGGGGGCAGAAUUCACAUUAUGGGGGAGCUAAAGUCACUGCACUUCAGUAUCAGUUCUCUCAGGAAGAACCUCAGGAGAAUAACUACUUCAGGUAACAGCCGCCUCACCUUUCCCAGCAAGGUGGUGGCUAAGACAGAAGGGAAGAGGCACUCCUGCUUAGUCCUCCUGUGCUACUGGUCUUCAUGCUUUCAGUCUGCAUUAUGCAGCUGUAUUAACUGACUGUAUAUUAUAAACACUAACCCCUGUCUGGAGGAAAGUCACAGGCCGAGAGCUGCUGCUACAGUUGUGCUAAUAUAUACAAAGCUAUUUACACAAAAAUACCAUUAAACAUAUACAAACUGUUAACAGGCUCUGGCUUUAAGAGGGCCCAAGGGCCAGCCUCAGGGCUUGCAGGUAAUCCUGAAGAGCUAUCCUGGAAGCAUUGUACAGAGAUGCAGGGAGGGGGAAGUGAGAGGGUGAUGGUGCAAGGAAAGUUGUAAAGAGCAAACCCAUGGUAGAUCUGUCCAUCUCCAGGGGAGCUCAAAGUCCUGCCAUUGCCUCAUCACUCAAAAGGAAGUGCAUGAAGGCAGGAAGUGCAUGUGUCACCGGGAGGACAGAAGAGCCAUUUGCUAUCCUCACCUCAGCCUGGCUCUGCCUAAUGUCAAAGGUCAGGUCUAGAAAGGCAUAUUGGGUAAGCACUUUCUAGUGUUAUUGCCCUGCAGUAUGGGGAGCUACUGGGGCACCAGAGUGGUUGGUUUAUAUAUAGCCACAUCUAUUACAAGAAACUUCAUGUAGAUGCUCUGGAAGUACAACACAGAAGACCAAUAACACACUAAGAGGCACAGUUCAAAGCACUAAACUUAUCAAGAGCAAAUGUGCCCUGGGGGUAGUCAGUUCCUGCUGGAACUGCAUAUUGGGCCAGGCUGGUAGGGGAACAAUAACAGUGUAUGUUCCUAUUCCAGGGCUGGUCUGUGCAGUGUUGGUCCCCUCCAUUACAGCAGGGAAUCCCUCAGGCCAAUAUAACUAUGGGGUCAAAAUGCACAGGAAAGUUUUGCAGUUCUGCCUCUUUGUUUGAGCCUUCAUAUCCUGAAGCAGUGGUGCGAGAAGAAACAGCCCUUCUGUGCCUGGAUCUGGUGUGAUCUUUACAGUGCCAUGUCCAUGGGCUGGGAUCUGCUGGGAGUCUAGUGCAAAAGAGCUAUGGUGCAUUGCAAAGGGGGACUCAGCCCACUGGGCUGCAGUGGGAGAGAGGCAGUGUGGUGUUACAGUGACACUCUGGGCUCUUAAAAAGCUUAGAGAUGGAAGAAGAAGAGGUAGAAAUGAGAUGUGAACCUUUUGCUUCUAUAUCACCCACAUGAACCUGUCUUGAACUUGGGACUGGGAAGAGAAAUACACAAGUGCAAGGGCUGGGAAAUGGUGUGGAGACUUUCUUUCUCUAGAUCAGAUACUUCAGCCAGAGAGAUAGUUUGUGAAUUUAGGAACAGAAUAGAAAAGAGGGUUGAGAGCUCAGAAAAGGUUGUGGACACGAUUAGCUCUACAGGAGCCAGGCAGAGCCUUCUCUCGAAUAAUAUAAAGAUUAAAGCAGGUGGUGUCCUUUAGCCACACCAUCUGCCUUGAGCCAUCAUGGCCCACCUCAGGCCUAGAGCUUUUCUGACUGCCAGGGAAUACUGUUUGGACAUAAAAAGGGUUUCCUAAGUCUUGUUCAUAAAUUAAACAUACAAAAAAAUAUACAUAUAUCAUAUAAAUUGUUAUAUAUGUACAUACAUACAUACAUAUAUACAAAUGCACACACUAUUCUUUAUAUGUGUGUAUAUAUAUGUGUGUAUAUAUGUAAAUUCUAAAUUCACAUUUCCAUGUUACCUGGAAGGAAGCAUGCAAGAAGGGCAUAUGCAGGGGCAAAUGCUGAACAAGGUUCUUCUGGUAAAGGACAGGUCUGUCUAGAACAAACCUGCCUCCAUCAGCAUUCCCCAGAGAGCUGAAGAGAGUGGAAGUGCUUUUAGCCCCCAUUCCCUCUACACAGCACUUUCAUGGAGACCCAAGGAGCAGCUUCCUCUAUUCCACCCUGCAGGCCACAUGUCCAGCUGAAACUUGAGGAAUCACCAGGCUAGAGCUGGAGAAGGAAAGGGAAACAGAAAAACAAAGCCAAAACCCAUUACUAUCCAACCUGGUAGAGAAAAGUGGUACUUCACAGGUCAGCAACUGAACUUAUGUAUCACCACAUGGGGGACCCUUGUUUGCACAUGGUCAGAACAAGGAAUCCAUGUCCCACCUCUCUGUUCCCUCUGAGUUCCCUGUGAUCAUCAUCUCUGGUUCUUUCUGAGGUCCUCUCCUUGUCCAACUGCCAAAUUACAGCCAGGCCUCCAUCCAGCUUAUCCCAAAGGGGUGAUCAUCUUGCAAAUAGUCUGUUUGUAUCCCACCCCAUAAAAAGCACCUAACUGUGUCUAUAGGGAAGAGAUCUGAUCUCUUUAAACACCUGGAUUUCAUCAGGGAUUCCUGCACAAUCUCACCUUGUGAGGAAAAUCAACAAAUUUCAGCCGGGCAAGAAAUCGUCUCACUUCCCCACGGCUGAUUUUGGGGGUGGUGUUGUCGUUUAACCACACCAUUCGGCCUUGAGUCAUCAUGGCCCACUUCAGGCCUAGCUUGCUGACUGAGAAAAAUCCUGGCUGUUUUUCAGAGGUUGCAGUUGUUGUCACAGUGAUGUAAAAUGCAUCCUUCUGGAGAUCAUUAAUUCCAACUGGUCCAUCAGAAAAGGGAGAGAAAAUAUUGGUGAGGAGUGAAUGAUUUCUUUCUUCCAAAACACCCACUGGACUGAGGGUGAAUUCAGUCUGAUUCUCCAGUUGCAUAUACCUUCAUUCAUCAGGGAAAAUGGUUUUAAGGUAGGGGUUUUUUUCAACUGAAAUGAACUGAAAGGUAGAUCAGAAAUAGAAGUUUGUGGUUCCAGGUGACAUUUCUGAGUCUCACAUAGGAGAUAUAUAUAUAUAUAUAUAUAUAUAUGUAUAGAAAGGAAAAUUGGCAAAGCAUGGGGAAGUCAGUUCUCCCCUGCCACAGCAGAAUGAUCUGUAUAGACCUCAGAAAUCAUAGUUUCUAAUAAACCCCUCUAAUAAUGAUCUUCUA